UACUUAGGAAUAGGGGGUAUGUCCUUAUCUCUUAUCCCUGUCCCUUCCCCUAUUAAUAAAUAAUAACCAAGUUUAUCGCUCUCAGCCCCCAAAUACCUUUUCUUUCUUGUUCUUGGUUAGGGUUUUCUUUUUCUCCACCCUUUAGGGUUAGGGUUACUUUCCCCUUUUCCACCGCCAAAUCAAAUUCCAAACCAUAAAUCUCUCUCUUUUCAAUUAAUCACACAACAAAACAGAGAAAACCAAUCGCAGCCUGAGAAGAUGACGGGAAAAGCGAAGCCAAAGAAGCAUACGGCGAAGGAGAUCCAAGCAAAGGUGGACGCAGCGUUGACCAAUCGCGGCGGCGGAAAAGCCGGUUUGCUUGAUCGGAUCGGUGUUGAAAAAGGAGGACACGCAAAGUGGGAGUGCCCUCACUGCAAAAUUACAGCGCCUGAUGUGAAAUCGAUGCAGAUUCAUCACGAUGCUCGUCAUCCAAAGAUCCCUUUUGAGGAAGAAAAGCUCGUGAAUCGUCAUGCAUCAACUGUUCCUGAAUCUUCUAAGCCUCGCCCUGGUGUUCGUGGUAGCCUCAAAAAAUGAUCACAAUCAUCAUCGCUGCUUUUAAUCGGCCCUUCAUUCAUGGCUUUUACUAUAUGUUCUAUUUUGUAUUUUUUUUUGUUGUCUUUUUUAAGGGAUUAUUGAAUAAUUUGUGUCAUGGGUAUGCUUAGUUACUUUUUAUGUUUUUUUUUUUAAAAAAUUUCCAGAUGAUGAUGCUGUGUAUGAUGAAGUGGUUUCAGAGAAGGGUUUUUGAUGAGAAUGGGAUUGAUAUUAUUUGGCCCUUCUUAAACCUUGAAUGUACUAUAUUGUUCCCUUGAUGACAAUUAAUAUGAUUGGGCUAUUACUUAUUACUA